AUGGCCAGUCAUCCGAAUACAAAUGAUUCCAUGAAAUCUACCUGGCGCCAGCAAGACCGAUCCAAGUGGACGAUCUUUCAUUGGAUGUAUGAAUGGGCAGACAUACACCCUAUAGAUCUUCACAGGGACAUCCCUAAACAUGCAAAACACGAAAAGAUCCCCUAUAUGUCGGAUUGGCAGCUACAAAGAUGGAUUCUAUUUCAUGCUGGAGCCACACUCGUGCUACAUCAGGUUUAUCUGUAUUUGACGGGGCACAAGCCAGGUCCGAUUCUUGCUUUCCUAUACUAUUAUGCUGGAGUCAGGAUAUUCACGGCCCGUCACCUGCGCGCGAUCCGGAAUCUGGGGCACACAUACGGCUUUUUAGACGGUGAUCAGCAUGACCGAGAUGGCGUGCCUGAUGUUGGGGUUAAAAAAGCCCUGAUAGCGUCGAUGUUGGCGGCAUUUGUGCGGCCACUGAUGACGGUGUUUCUCACCUACGAUGCAGACAAACCACCCAUAUCAAUGAACUGGACCUGGUUGCUGGUCGAAGUCAGUCUCUAUGGUAUCGUGCUGGACUUUUGGUUCUACUGGUAUCAUCGGCUUAUGCAUCAAGUGCACGGUCUGUGGAAAUACCAUCGCACUCACCAUCUCACCAAGCACCCCAAUCCGCUUCUGACAAUCUAUGCGGACUCCGAGCAAGAGUUCUUUGAUAUUGUGGGGAUUCCUCUGAUGGCCUAUGCCACUAUGAGACUUAUGGGCCUCCCAAUGGGAUUCUAUGAAUGGUAUAUAUGCCAGUUAUAUGUCAUGUUUGCCGAACUUGCUGGCCACAGCGGCCUUCGUCUCCAUGCGUCGCCUCCCAACCCGUUGACCUGGUUAAUGAGGAUCUUCGACGCCGAAAUGGUCAUCGAGGACCAUGACCUGCAUCAUCGGAUCGGAUGGCGAAAUAGCCACAACUAUGGGAAACAAACGCGCAUUUGGGAUCGAGUCUUUGGAACGUGCAGUGAGCGCAUUGAAAGUGCAAAGGAUAAUGUCGAUUACGAGCACCCUGCUACUAUGCCCAUAUUCUAG